AUGAUACAGGGUAAAAAUCCUAGAUCUGUUCUUGUGACAAUGAAUAUUUUUAAUGGGCAACCAGUUUUAGUUAAAAGUUCACAAGUAUAUGAAGUUCAUAGUGAUGGUGAAUAUUGGCAAGCUACGGAAAAACUUGAUAUUUUUUUGGACCUAUUAAUUGUUGAUUUAAACGGUGCUUUUGAUGAAACAGAUCAUCAAAAAAUUAGCUCAGAAACAUCAUAUUUAUACGGGAGGUGGUAA